UCAUCUGACAGGUGUUUUUUUCUUUUUGUGGGGAGUAUAUUGUAUACAGGGCAGGUGUAAGUGAUAGAAUCAUUAAAUUGGUUAAGCACGCAAUUGAAAGUGAAGAGAGAUCAGAGAUUUAGAUACAAGAAAUCAAAUCAGAAAUGGCGGCGGAAGAAGGGAAAAGAGCAGAUUCACAGUUGUUCCAACUGCUUUCCAAUUUGCUUCAUCAGGUAGAAGCAUUGACUAAUCAGGAAGAAGUUGAAUUGCGUUCGAAAAUUGAAGCCCUUCUUUUGGAGGUUACAAAAGUUCCUUCCAAGUCUACACACGGCCUUGAUGAGUUGGAAAUUGAGAGAGAGUUGGACAAAUUAUCGGCUAAGUUGGAUGGUGUGGAUGAGAUGAUAUCCUCAGCCAUGGCUGCAGACCCCCAGGUGCAAUCGCUCUUGAGUGGCACCGCUGAGGUAUGGAUGCCAUUUAUUACUGCCAAUGCUGAUGAGCGACGCAACUUUACAGCAUCAAUUGGAGCCGAUAAGCCUCAGGUCCAUGAGAAACGCACCAACUGAUGUUUCACGAGUCACCACCCCAUUCUUGAUUCUGAUAGUAUUUUUUUUUUCCCCUUAUGAGGUGUUUGGCUGUUUGGGAGGUGGGAUAUGACUAGAAUAUCUCUUCUAUUGUUUGCAUCAUCUGUCCGGAUUAACUAUUUUGUUUUCUCUUGGGGAACAAACGAAGUUUCGUAUUUUU